AUGACGCGAUCGAGCGUGAUUAGCAAUCUUGUCAUACUACUCGUUUUCUUUCGACUUUUGGUGCCUGCAACAUCGACGGAGACGUUGGAAGCAUUACCGGCCACAUCAGAAGCUGUAAAAGAGAAAAUGGACCUAAAUUACAGAAAGCCAGACUGGAAACCCAAACCAGCCUGGACUCACAAAGAUCCUGAGGCUUGGCCCCGUAAAUUCCCAACGUGUGGUGGAAAACAGCAAUCACCGAUUAACAUCCAACCAAACUUGACAAUCAUCACGACAUACCCCAACUUUAAAUUCCAUAAUUACGGUUUCAUUGAAGGCAUGGAAUUGAUCAACAACGGACAUAGCGCGGCUUACAAUUUGCCGAUCAACUAUCCCAAAAAGAAGACUCCCCAUAUUAGCGGCGGCGGGUUGGAUGGCAUAUACCAAUUUGCUCAGAUUCAUAUGCAUUGGGGAAAUGAUUCCAGUAAAGGCAGCGAGCACCUCAUCAAAUCGAAAAGUUAUCCAGCCGAAAUGCACCUGGUCCACUGGAACGUCAAAUACGGAUCGUUUGCUGAAGCCAGUAGAUAUUCGUACGAUGGUCUUGCUGUUCUGACAGUUUUCGCUAGGGUGGUGCCGGAAGACAAUAAAUCGUAUCAGCCUUUGGUUGAUCAACUGGGCGAGAUAAUUAAGAACGGCGAUGAAACGAUCUUAAGAAAAUCCGUUUCGCUUUUUGAUCUAUUGCCCAAAAGGACUACCACAUUCUAUCGCUAUUUUGGAUCUGUUACCACUCCAGCCUGCCAGGAGAUUGUCAUCUGGACCAUCUUCGAUAAGGCAAUUGAAAUAUCUGAAAGACAAGUAAAGGCUUUUUUUUUAACAUUCUCAAAAUUAUCGAUUUUUAUGAUGGUUUUUUAAAAGUUGAACAAGUUUAGAAGCCUCAAAGAUGAAGUGGGUGAUCGGAUGGUGGAUAACUUCCGUCCACCGCAAGCUGUCAACGAUCGCACCGUGUUUUAUAGAUCGAACAAAGUCCCCGACAUCCCAUUAUCUGUGACUGACCCUUACUCUCCGUUUGCCGAUGCUUACAAAUGGAGUAAAGGGACAUUCAAAAGUUAUGGAAACAGAUUUUGGGGAAUGUUUGACCCUCCUGCUCAUCUUCGUCACGCUUUUUGUCGAUCUCGGCCUUGUUAACUGCAUUCCUGUCUGCCAAGUUGUACAUGAACUGUCGCUAAGUAUUUGAAGGUUACAACUCUAUCCGUGAAAGUGUAUGGUGAAUCUAGAACAGUUAAUGGUGUGAGUCGAUCGUGCUGAAAGACUAUUUGAUUUGAAUUAUUUCAUCAACAAGAUAAUCGUUCAGUUUAGUUACGUUUCACGCACGAUGAAGCGGAGAACAGUAAAGUAGGACAUUGUUGUUUGCGAUUGGUAUUUGAAUCUUUGCAUGCUGGUCACGGUUUUCAUCGUGUAGCGUGACGUGUGGGGUAGACAAGGUAACUAAAAUACUUAAAUUUCUUAUUCUAUUUCUUUUUCCGCAACGCAUAAAUAUAGAAUUCUCUAUGGAGAACACUGAA